CCCGAUGAUCGCGGCGUCCAAUGUUGGCCGUCGUCGACUCACAAACCGGCCCCGUAUCCCUUCAUUUGCUUAAGAGCCAGAUAUCACCACCGGCCGGAGACCCCACCAGUUUGCGCGCCUCGCGAUGUGCUGGUGUUGGCCGUUCUCCGGCAAACCCCCUCCACCGAAGAAGAAGAAGAGCAGGCCCAGGAGUAGCGAGUCGAGAAGCGAGAAGCAUGCAUACGACAGUCUCAACGCUGAGCCCGUCGUGGUCGCAUACCCAGCGCAAGAACCACUCAUACCGAAAGAACCACGGCGCUCGCGAGAAACUCGAACCCGCGAACCAAGAACCCCACAAGAGGCGAAACCUCCCCAAGAAAUUCGGAGAGUGCGCGAACCUAAACCACCCCGUCAAGCGCCCAAGUCACCAGAGAAGCGGGCAGUUCGAGAGACUCCGCGGCCUCGUGAUGCGCGCAGGCCCACAGUCCAACUCCAAGUCCCAGACCGAUGGAGUCGACCCGUAGAACUAGUAGACAGCGCCAGCUCGUCCACGGAAAUGCUCCUGAACCCGCGCCCAGAUCGCUCGCGCCAGCACAGGCAGCGGCACAGUCGGUCGUCAACCAACACGCUCAGGGGACGAGGCGCAAAGCGCGAUCCACCCAGCAGCUCGAAGUCCAAGAAGUCGGCGAAACCAGAGACCAAGAAAUCGCAAUGGACACGCAUACCGUCGCCGCCCAAGUCGACGCCGAGACGCGAUGCGCCGGCGCAGUCGCAACAGCGCUCGCCGCGCCAACACCACUCGUCCCGGUCGUCGCGCUCGAGGACGCCGAAUACGACGGCUAGACGCGUGCCAGACCGACGUUUUGCGGUGCUUGCAGCGACGAACGAGGCGCUGGAGGAUAUCAGGCGCGAAGCGUUCACGUAUCCGUCCCCGCCUCCACGCACGCACCGAGUCCAAAGAUAUCAAGGAGUGGCUAUUGAGACGACUGCGAUCCCGUUCCACUGGGACUGCAUAUCCAACUCGUACCAACCGACGGUUUCGGAAGCAUCUCGGUCCACGGGGACUCGACAUCGAAGGAGGCGUUGAGCAGGGUCACGUCACGUGUUGAGCACGUGAUACCUCACAUCCUCUACGACAGUCAGGGUGAGUGGAUGAUGCCUGGCGGCAGCUUCUUGGAUCCAGGCCAGUACGACAGACUGCCUGCGUCAAGAGAAAGCUCAAAAAACACGUCCUCUUCGGCCGCCUUGAUGGGACGUCUAUACUACCCAUCACGUCAACGCUUUUGGUA